AUGACGAAGGCGAACAAAGGGCACAUGCGCGCCAAGAAGAUCAAGGCUGGCCGGUCUACAGGACCUGCUGUCAAGAAGAACGCUGCGCUGUCCGCGAAGCCGAUCAAGCUGGGCAAGCACACUGGCAAGAAGAAGUCGAAGUCGAGGGCUCAGAAGCGGGCGGCUGAACCUGCCAAAGACAGCUCGCCUGUCAAGGCAGAGGCGCCCGUCCAGGAGACGACACCCGCCAAGACGAAGACCCCGGCGAAGACCCCGGCGAAGGCGAAGUCGCCUGGAUCUGGGAAGCCGACGCCCGCGCGCAUGGUCGCGAGCGCGCGCCGCACGCCCGCCAGGCGGGGCCGGACCCCGGGCACAGCGGGCAAGAGGGCCUCCGCAGGCGCGCCGGAGGAGCCCGCGCUGCCAUCAGGUCGGACGCCCACGCGCCCGACACGAGCGAGCACGCGCGGAACCGUCAGCGUCGCCGACGUGAACGAGAUGAUUCUCGCCAACAAGAGCACGCGCGGGAAGAGCGGCAGUCAGAGCUUCGGCAGCAAGGUCAAGGCUGCGCUCAAGUCGAUCCUCCCGAAAUGGCUCAUGGCGUGA